AUGAGGAGACUGCACCUGUCUGAUCUCCUGAUCUCACUCUCUUUUUCCCUUCUUUUUAUUUUCUUCUUUCUUUCUUUCUUUCUUAUUUCUUAUUUCAUUUUUCUAUAUCCUUCUUUCUUUCUUUCUUUCUUUCUUUCUUUUUUCGUAAUCUUAUUUUAUUUUUCUAUUUUCUUCUUUCUUUCCUUAUUUCGUUUCUUCUUUCUUUUCUUUUUCUUUCUUUUCUUUUUCUUUCUUUUCUUUUUCAUUGCUUAUUUUUAUUUUUUUCUUCAUUUCCUCUUUUCUUUAUUUCUUAUUUCUUCUUUUCUUUCUUACUUUUAUUUUUUCUUAUUUCUUUUUAUACUACCAAUUUUAUUUUGUUUUUUUUCAAUUUUUUUCCCUAUCUUUCUUUUUAUAUUCAUUUGUUGUUUCAUUGUUCCGUAUUUUCUUUUCUCUCUUUCCUUCUUUCUUUUUCCUUCAUUCUUCAAUAAUUUCUUUUUUAUAUUUCUUGACAUCAUUCGUUUCUUUCACCAUAUUCCUUUUCCUUUUUCCUUUUUUUUUAAGUAUUGCCUUUUUCUUUCUUUCUUUCUUUCUUUCUUUCUUCCUUAUAAUAUUUUAAGCCUCCUCGUUUUUUUUUUCGUUUUUUUUUCUCUACUUCUUUAUUUUAUUUCAUUCUACCUUUUCUUUAUUUCUUUUUUUCGCUUUUAA